AUGAAUCAAAUGAGACGAAUACAGACCGUCUUUUUUAUCGCGUUUGUGGCAUUCAUGUCCGUCGGUGUCGCCGUAGAUGGCGCAACCGCUCAGCUAGGCGCAGUUCGACUUGACGAAGUUGUUGCGUGCGACGGUAGCACCCUCACCGUCCUCGUUCGCGGUAGGCCGACGUGCCUGAUGCAGUCGAUAGAUGCGUCAUCGUUACCUGUCAGGAUCGAAGAUAUAUCCGUCGCGAACCUCGUCGUGACUCUUGAUGGCAACGUCCAGCCACUAAGAGGCGAACCAACGGUUGAUGCCGAAGGAAGCGCGUUGGUGUUUUCCAUCAUCCCAACAGCGACAUCGAGUGGCACGAUUACCGUCACGAUAACGCUUGAACCGAAAGACCGCGUUUUUGCAGGAUACUAUGAUGUCCCAGCGUGGUACGAGGUCUCGAUCGAGUGGCCAACGUUUUUUGGCGCAAGUCAGAUGCGCGAUGAAGAACACGAGGAGGUUGACGCGACAGUCGAAUUCACACCGUUCCCAUGCACCUGGUUCCUCGGCGAAGAGUUGUGUAACUCAACGUCUUUCUGGCUCUCCGCUUAA